GCCGCCGCCCUUGGCUCUGAGUAAUCAUGGUGUGCUUCCGCCUGUCACCGGUUCCGGGCGCGGGGCUCGUUCUGUUCUGCCUCGUCCUGGGAGCUAUCCGGUCUUACGCAUUGGAACUUAAUUUGACAAAUUCAGAAAAUGCCACUUGCCUUUAUGCAAAAUGGCAGAUGAAAUUCACAAUACAUUAUGAAACUACCAACAAAACUUAUAAAACUGUAACCAUUUCAGACCUUGGCACUGUGACAUAUAAUGGAAGCAUUUGUGGGGAUGACCAGAAUGGUCCCAAAAUAGAGGUACAGUUUGGAUCUGGUUUUUCCUGGACUGUGAACUUUACCAAGGAGGUGUCCAAUUAUUCAAUUGCCAGCAUCUCGUUUUCCUACAACACUAGGGAUAACACAAUAUUUCCUGAUGCUCAAGAUAAAGGAAUUCUUACUGUUAAUAACCCCGUGGCAAUCAGAAUUCCAUUGAAUGAAAUCUUUAGAUGCAAUAGUAUAUCAACUUUAGAAGACAAUGAUGUUGUCCAAAAAUAUUGGGAUGUUCUUGUGCAAGCUUUUGUCCAAAAUGGCACAGUGAGCACAAAAGAGUUUCUGUGUGAUAAAGACAAAACUUCAACAACAGUGGCACCCAUCAUUCACACCGUUGUGCCAUCUCCUACUACAACACCCACUCCGAAGGAAAAACCAAAGGUUGGAACCUAUUCAAUUAGUAAUGGCAAUGGUACUUGUCUGCUGGCUAGCAUGGGGCUGCAGCUGAACGUCACUCAGGAUAAGGUUGCUUCGGUUAUUAACAUCAACCCCAAUUCAACUGACUUCACUGGCAGCUGCCACCCUCAAACUGCUCUGCUGAGGCUGAAUAGCAGCAUCAUUAAGUAUCUUGACUUUGUCUUUGCUGUGAAAAAUGAAAACCGAUUCUAUCUGAAGGAAGUGAAUGUCAGCAUGUAUUUGGUUAAUGGCUCUGUUUUCAGCAUUGCAAAUAAUAAUCUUAGCUACUGGGAUGCCCCCCUGGGAAGUUCUUAUAUGUGCAAUAAAGAGCAGACUGUUUCAGUGUCUGGAACAUUUCAGAUAAAUACCUUUGAUCUAAGGGUUCAGCCUUUCAAUGUGAUGGAAGGAAAGUAUUCCACAGCUGAAGAAUGUUCUGCUGACACUGACCUCAACUUUCUUAUUCCUGUUGCAGUGGGUGUGGCCUUGGGCUUCCUUAUCGUUGUUGUCUUUAUCUCUUAUAUGAUUGGAAGAAGGAAAAGUCGUACUGGUUAUCAGUCUGUAUAAUUAAUUAAAUAUAGUGCUUUUUUCUUUCUUUUUUUUUUUUUGCAAUCAGAAGUUAUGUUUCCGUUGGCUGAAAGCCAGGAAAUGCUGUGCAAUAGAUGGUUUAAGAUAUGCAGACUAACCUCAUUGAGUUGCUAGCUAACUUGGGCAUGAGUAGCACUUAUUUAAAAAAAAAUGUAUUAGGACCAGUUUUUUUCCUCUUUUCCUUUUUCUUCCUUUGUUAAAGUGUAAAUGAAAGAAAAAUUGUGGUUUGGAAUAUUUUUUUUAAGUAAAUAAUGAUUUUAAGCCUCUGAAUCCAAUUAUGAAAUCAUUUCUACAGAAGUAUAAUUUUAUAUGUUGCGGUUACUUGUAUUUUGCUACUUUGGUAUUAUUUGCAAAAUCGAAGCUUUUAGAGAAUUUAACUUGCUUCAGAAAAUAAAUUCAAGAACAUAAAGAAUUCAUUUUCACUGGUGGCAAACAUUGGUUUAUAAUAAAACUUCCUUUCCCUACCUCCUAAUCAAGAUUAUUUACAUCUGUGUUUUUCUGCUAGUUAAAAAAGAAAUGGCUUCAAAAUAUUAUAUUUAAUAGCAAAAGUCUGGCUGUUUUCUCCAUUACUGUUAGUGGCUGCUAUAUUUUAAGAAGGGUGUCUUUUUUUGCCUUCUGGACUGUGGAAUAUGUUGAUUAUCUCAGACCUGUCAUCUGUGGUGACAGAUAAAAGUAAGACCUUCAGAUUUUUUUUUAGGGUGUUAAAUCAACACCUAAAUCUAAAUCAGAAUGGGUUAUGGUUUUUUAAGGUUAUGAUUUAUAUAUUUUUUUCCUUAGAGCCUUAACUUGUUCAGAAAAUUAAUUCAUCCUGUAUUUAUAAAACACUUCUAUAUACUCUGUGUGUCUCCUGCACUCUCCCAUUCCCUAUAUGGAUAAAUCCUAAUUGGUAUUUUUUGAUGCAUUGAGUUCUUUUUUUCCCACAGCAGCAAGUGCUGACUCUAGAGGCUAGUGGGCCCUGACAUGUCAUCUGUGAGAUGGCUGCCUAGCCAAAGCUGGACCAGGAUUAUUCUGUAAAUUUGUUGAUCUUGAUAUAGACUUAUAUCCCUGUAGGACCCUCUAAUGUCUCUGGCUUCUGGAGUAAGGUGCUAGAGGCCACUUAUUUCUGUGUCUGCUUGAUUGGUUCAGCUGCUGAAUUGCCCUUUUAUUUGGAAACUGCUGAAUUGCUCUUUUAUUUGGUUGUCUAGAGCCCAAAUGGCUGCUUUGCACACCUGUCAUUAGCAUGAGGCAUGUGUUUAUUUUAUAAAACUAUUUUAUCUUUACAUUUAACUAAAAACAAAAGUUCCCAAAGAUUUGCCUUUACUUUAGAAAUUUUCCUUGGAUUAAAAAAUUAAGCCUAAACCAUGAAAAAAAGUUAGUUUGUUAUUAAACCCAAGGAUUAAGUCCCAGUCUACCUCUCAGCACAAUGUAGAUGCUCACCACUGUAUUGCUGCCAUUAGCUGAUGCCAGAACUCUUUGCCAAUAACUGGAAUUACAAAAUUUUGUUAAAAAGAAAGAAAAUUCAUCAGCAUCUUUCUUUACUAUCCUAUCUAUAUGUGCAUCUCGAAAUCAUACGUUCCAAACUGGAGUAGAAAGUCAGAUUGCUCAAUUACAUCUCCUUUAGAAUUCUGCAGCUCUAACUCACAGAUUCAAGCUCUCCUCUACUUGCUAAGUAUAUAAAGAAUGUUUUAUUUUAAAACGUUCUCUUUUGAGAACAUCUGCUUUAUUUGUUAUUUGGUAAAAGGCAUUUGGUCAAAAUGAUGGCACCAUAAAGAACAGUGGCUUCAUUUCAAUACAUAUUUUUGAGAUGAUUGUCUAGAAGUCACAUUAGUUAAAUCAGCUUGUGACCUCGCUAAAUAUAUGAAUUAAAAAUUCAGAUACAUUCACAAUUAUGGGUUCAUUUAAAAGUUUUCUACCUUUUGGGUAGGAGAUUAAUAUCACUAACUCUUCAUUAGGUAUCAUGGCUUUACCUUAGAAAUUAGUAAACGUGUGUUUAAUUCUUUGAGGAUUAAAAUAUAAAAUAUUAACAGAGGGUUCAAACAAAAGCUGCUUCAACUCCAAUAAAAUACAGGAAGCUCAAAGUCUAUGGACUGAGUGUUCAAUUAACUUUGCUCACUGAGUUCAUUUUUAUGUCAGUAAAACAGUGGAUCACACACACACACACACACACACACAAAAGUGGAUCAGUAGGACUUUGAACUCAUAGGAAUUAUUUUUCACCUAAGCUUCUUUGGAAGAACUGAUGCUUGCUGCUACCUUAAGUUUGGGAUAUAUCACUUUAGUGAACUAAUUAAUACCUGCAAAAUAAAGCAUACUGUGGUACUCCUGUUUGAUUUGAUAUGUGUGAUUUUAGAUUGAUGGAUUGAAAAAUAAUAAAGAUCAUAUGUUCUAUGCCA